AUGAAGCAGUUGAAAAGGAAGAGAAAAAGCAACUUCAGUGUUCAAGAAACUCAGACCCUUUUGAAAGAAAUUACCAAACGCAAAGAAGUCAUUUUUUCCAAGCAGCUCAACACGACGAUUAAUGUGAUGAAGCGGAUGGCGUGGGAGGAGAUCGCACAGUGUGUGAACGCCGUGGGGGAAGGUGAGCAGAGGACGGGGACGGAGGUGAAGAGAAGGUACCUGGACUGGCGGGCGCUUAUGAAGAGAAAGAGGAUGAAGGCCAACAUUAAGCUGGUUGGCUCAGGGUUCCCCCUCCCCACCUCCGACCUAGACGACUCUCUCACCGAAGAGAUGGACGACAAGAUUGCAUUCCGAAACGAUCCCAACUUUGACUGGCAGAACGUGGCAGAUUUCAGGGAUGCAGGUGCAUCCUUAACUGAGGUCAAAGUGGAAGAGGAGGAACGAGACCCCCAGAGUCCCGAAUUUGAGAUCGAGGAGGAGGAGGAGAUGCUGUCGGCCGUCAUCCCGGACUCCAGGAGGGAGAGCGAACUCCCCGACUUCCCCCACAUCGAGGAGUUCUUCACCCUGAACUCCACGCCGUCCCGUUCCGCCUACGACGAGCCCCACGUGCUGGUCAACCUGGAGAAGCAGAAGCUGGAGCUGGAAAAGCGGCGCCUGGACCUGGAGGCCGAGCGGCUGCAGCUGGAGCGGGAGCGGCUGCGGCUGGAGCGGGAGCGGCUGCACGUCGACCGGGAGAAGCUGAGGCUGCAGGUGGUCGGCUCCGAGAAGCCGCCCUCCUCCGACGGUGAGCUGGGCCAGGGCGAGAAGCCGGGGCCGCAGCCCCAGGACCUGGAAACGGAGAGGCUGAAACUCGAGAGGGAGCGCCUGCAGCUUGAGAAGGAGCGGCUGCAGUUUCUGAAAUUUGAGUCGGAGAAGCUGCAGAUUGAGAAGGAGCGCUUACAGGUGGAGAAGGAGAGACUUCGGAUCCAGAAGGAGGGCCACUUGCACUGA